AUGGAGAGAAAAAGUACCGUACACAAUGGAGGGAACCCAGACACGUGUUCUUUGUGUGCAGGAGGGUUCAGCCAGUCAUCUGGCUUGUCAAAACAUAAAUGCAGCCAUACUGGGGAGAAACCGUGGAAAUGCAGUGACUGUGGGAAAGGAUUCAUUUCCCCAUCGAAACUGGAAACUCAUCGGCGCAGACACACCGGCGAGAGGCCAUUCACCUGCUCCAUUUGUGGGAGGGGAUUCACGCAGUCAGCGAACUUACUGACCCACCGGCAAGUUCACACUGGGGAGAGGCCAUUCACUUGUUCCGAGUGUGGGAAGGGAUUCGCUGAUUCAUCCAGCUUCCUGAGGCACCGGCAGGUUCACAGUGGGGAGAGGCCAUUCAACUGUUCUGAGUGUGGCAAGAGAUUCAUUCAGUCAUCCGACCUGCUGAGACACCAGCGAGUUCACACUGGGGAGAGACCUUUCAAAUGCCCAGACUGUGCAAAGUGCUUUAAAAGUUCCAGGGAACUGACAUGUCAUCUACGUGUUCACACUGAGGAGAGACCUUUUAAAUGUCCCGACUGUGAGAAGUGCUUUAAAGGCUCCAGGGAACUGAUGCUCCAUCAACGCAUUCAUACCGAUGAGAGACCAUUCAGGUGCUCUCACUGUGGGACUGGGUUCAAGCGGUCAUCGCACCUCACUGAACAUCAGCGAGUUCAUACUGGAGAGAGGCCAUUCACCUGCCUUGCAUGUGGGAAGGGAUUCACUCAGUCAUCCAACCUGCUGACACACCAGUGA